AUGCUUCUGAAAACUGACGAAAAAGCUGCACCAGCUAGCGGUCUACAGAAAGCAACACUUGCAAUCCAUUUCCAAAGCAUAACACCCAUGGCGAACCACAGCCAAAUGAAGACGAGUGUCACGUUCCUGAGCUGCGCAGUCCUGGUGUUCCUGGCCUCGCUGUCUUGCUCGCUGCCUGUGGACUCCACGUCCUCGGAUCAGGCAGUCAUUGUCAACGGCACCCAAGUCGCCAUUGCAGCCAUGGCCGACGUCUUCGUGUACUGCAGGGCACACGUGUCCACCACGGACGACCUGCACCACUACAGACUGGAGUGGCACGACUCUCAAGCACCAAUUCCCUCGUGGAAUAGCAAUGUGGGCGUCUUUUCUCUGGGCAGCGGCACCCACGUGCCUCACUCGUACCUCGUCUUCCACAACUUCAUCGGCACCAACAACGCUGGGAAUUACACCUGCAAACUGUUCCAGGGAAACGACUUCGUCAGCUCCUCCGCCGUCACUGUCUCGGCCCGAUAGUCAUUAUACAUCGGUUUACUGAAUCUCAAGAUAUUAAUUAGCAACUUUUAUAUUAUAUUUAUUUUCUAUAGCUUGUGUUUUACUCAUUUAUUUGCUAAGAAGUCUAUGUAUUGAAUACAGCACAAUAUGUAAU